UGGCUCGCAGGAGACUAGGACUUACUGCAGAGGUUCUGGAAACCCAGCCUCUUUCCCUGGAUCCUGAGCAAGCCAGAGCCUCUGGGUGCAGCCACAGGGACAGGCACCGGAGCCUGAGAGGUGCCCUCACUUCCUCAGGACUCCAGCAAUGGAGGUGUGAAGAACAAGGAGCUGGCAUUGCUCAGGUGGAAAUUGUGACGUGUGUUCUGGGCAGGGUUGAGGUUUUGGAACCUUUUCUAAAAGGGACAGAGAGAGCCCUGCAGCAUUUCUUAACUGUGAGGCUGGUGUGCUGGAGAGAGUGGGUCGUCAUGCAGGCUGUGCUCACAUGCGGUAGGCUGGUCCUGGCCCUCACCCUCAUCCUGGUUUUGGGAUCUGCAGUGGAAGGUUAUCCUAUGCGGAAAGCCAGGUAUCAGUGGGUUCGCUGCAAUCCCCACAGUAAUUCUGCAAACUGCAUUGAAGAAAAGGGACCACUUUUCGACCUGCCUACAGAUGAAUCCAACAGGAUCCUCCCUCCAAAAGCUGACCCUUAUUUGAUGCCAAAAUUCCCAAACUUGAAUGAUGUCUUCCCUCUUUCCGAGGACUAUUCUGGAUCUGGCUCUGGAUCAGGAUCAGGAUCAGGAUCAGGAUCUGGGAGUGGCUCUGGAAAGGAAUACUCCACUGAAAUGGAACGGGACUAUCAACCAAUAGAUGAAAAUGAUGUUUUCUAUUACAACUUUAGGUCUCUCAAGAAGAAUCUGCCCUCAGACAACCAGGCCUUGGGACAAGAUGGCACAGAAGAGAAUUUUAUUAUAUAAAAGUUAUGGUUUCCCCAUCUUGACACCAGGCAAUGUAUUCAGUAUAUUUUGUGCACCAUGGUUAAAUGAUUAGUCUUGGGAAAAAGAGUUUUAUAGAAAAUUUAAAACACCUGAAAAAGAACUUUAAUUUUUAUCACCUCUUUUUUUCUUCAUGUAUUCCUAAAGGAUUGUAUUUUAAUGCUAUUAUCUAUUCUAUUGUUCUGGAAAAUACCUGCAUAUUUUGGUAUCAUAUUUGACCAACAUCACUGGGAAAUUAACUAGACUUCCAUGUCUAUAAAACUGCUUUAAAGAAGAAAAUCAUACUUUUUAAAAAAAAUUCAUUUUGAGGAGCAAGCUGAUUGGCAGUAUUUCAUACCUAUGUCUUUAGCAACCUGACUCUGAUUGUGAAUUACAGUAAUACCCUUUUAUUUAUGAUAAAGAGAUCAAAUAUAGUGAAUUUACAGAUUGGGUAUUUGACAUGGUUUACAGUGUGAAGGGGUCUUACUAUACUAUUACCAUUGGAUUUGUUGAGAGCUAGUUGACAUUUUUAACAAGAAGCAUGAUUGCUAUUAGAAUUAGAAACUUAAGACCCUAAUUAAAGGAUAGUUGUGGUCUCAAUACCUCAUACUUUACUGCUUUACCCUGCUUUCUUGAAUAUCUAUUUUCAAAUGUUGCUCUAUUAAAGCAGAAGUAUAAUCAAAGAAAUAU